AUGGCGACGGAGAUCCGCGCCGCGCCCGAGGCCGUGACUUGGCAGGACCGCGAGAUCCGCUUCGACAUCUCGGCGGCGGCCAUGCAGCUCCGCAAGGGCGAGACGUUGGUGGACUCCAUCAACUCGGUCGAGGACACCAAGGGCAACAACGGAGACCGUGGGUCGCUCGAGAUCACCAACCUGCGGCUGCUCUGGGCCUCGCACAAGUCCAUCCGCACCAACUUGAGCAUCGGCUACAGCUGCAUCCAGAGCCUCAAGAUCCGCACGGCCACGUCCAAGCUGCGCGGCAGCACGCAGGCGCUGUACGUCAUGACCAAGUACGCCAACAGUCGGUUCGAGUUCAUCUUCACGAGUCUCGUCAAGGCCAGUCCGAGGCUCUUCACCACCAUCCAGGCCGUGUUCCGCUCCUAUGAGACCACCAAGCUCUACCGGGAGCUCAAGCUCCGAGGCGCCAUCAUCAAGGAGAAGGAGCUCACGCUGCUGCCCCACGAGCAAGUCUACACGCGACUCAACGGCGUCUGGAACUUGUCCUCGGACCAGGGCAACCUCGGCACCUUCUUCGUGACCAACGUGCGCAUCGUGUGGCACGCCAACCUGGCCGAGAACUUCAACGUCAGCAUCCCGUACAUGCAGAUCAACUCGGCUCGCAUCCGCGGCUCCAAGUUCGGGCCGGCGCUGGUGAUCGAGACGUCCGCGGCCAGUGGUGGCUACAUUUUGGGCUUCCGCGUGGACCCGGAGGAGCGACUCCACGAACUCUUCAAGGAGAUGCAGAGUCUGCACAGCGUCUUCUCCACCAACCCCAUCUACGGCGUCGAGUUCGAGAUCGAGGAGAAGCCGGCGCCGCUGGAGCAGCUCAAGCAGCCGCGCAAGAUGGACGACGUCGAGAUCGAGGAAGACUACUCGAGCUCCAUGGACGCCUUCGCGGCGUACUACGCGGCGGUGAACAAGAACCAAGACCGACCCGCGACGUUCUCCAAGGAGCUGGGGCUGGCGAUCGAGAGUCUGCCCGAUGGGUUUAGCGUCGGAGAUCUCUGGUACGUCAACUAG